AUGUGCAGAUAUGGAUACCACUAUUAUCCCAAAUGUGGGCACAUCGCCAACUACACAGUCGUGAGCUGCUUGGAGUUUACUAACCACCUUCGAUUCCAGACUGCCAACGUUGAUUAUUCGCCCUGUGAGCCUCGUCAUUCAUCUUGCAAUGAUAUCAAAGCCUCUCAUGAUCUCCUUCCACCCGACCACCCUGACCUCUGUCUACAAUGCGCCUAUGACUGGAAUCUCCCACAGGAUCACGAUGCUCAAUCCCCCAAAGAGAAUCGAGCCCUGGAGGGAUUGAACGCGGCAGAUCCUAUCAUUGAUUUCAAGGCCCGGAUGGUUGUUCCCAAGAGAAGUCGAGUCACGAACACAAUUCACGAAACACGAACUGACAUUUAUCAAAGCCACCCCUCCGGCUACGAUACAGAAUACACUUGCUCUGCCAGUUUCUCAUCGGUAGGAUCUCCUAUGAGCUUGGAUUCCCCACGUUGUGUCCCUUUUGACUCAUCCCGUACUCUUGAGUUUGAUACAUCUCGUGAUCUUGACUAUGAUUCGGAUGAAGCGACUGAUCCCUGUUCACAGCUUGAUUUAGGCCAUGAAAGCCACGGACUAUACCCUUCCACAGGGACCUGCUUUGAUGUGUGUGCUACUGAUGAUUUAUCUUCCGCCUUCUAUGAUUUUGACCAUCUGUCAUAUGUCUCCUCGGUUGAUUCCUCUGACAUCGAUAUGAACGACGAUCUUGAGCCCAUGCCCGAAAUUGUGACUGAAUGUUUGGCACAGUUGGACCUAGGCUGCAUGGAAAAAGACACGACCCAUAACGGAAUUGAUCUUCUCGCAGCACUCCCUUCCCCAAAACACAUCAUCAUCGAAUUGAUCCAGGCCUUUCGAACAGGGAUCAUAUCAAAUCAUAUCACCCCGGAAAUAUUACCCCUUGAUGACGGAUCCAAUGAUAAUCAAACCCUCCGCAAACCCACUCCCACCCUGAAUCACUACGACUCAAAGACUAGUCUGUGGCACGCAAACAUGUCAAGUGUGUCUUCACCUGAUUUUCGGAACCAUGCUGACAAGUGGUUCUCAGACCUUGAGCUUGCCUCAUUCGGGAUUAAAACUAGUCUAGACUCUACAGUCGAAUAUGGGGCAACUGCAGAAUUCCUUGAUUUAUCGGACGACGAGGAAGGAGGUUGCUUAUUAGCAGGGUGGUAA